CGCCCUUUCUCCGAAGUUAGGCGAUCUCUUAUGUUGGGAUUUGCUGAGUGGCGGAUGUAUUUGUAAUUUAUUAUUACCUAAAACAUCAUUUAAUUCUGUAAUACUUAAAAUGGUCCAAAAGAAGCCCAAGAAGAAGGUAGGAAAGAAGGUAGCUGCGGCUCCUCUGGCAGUCAAGAAAGUUGAACUAAAAAAGGAAGUCAAUCCUCUUUUUGAAAAAAGGUCUAGAAAUUUUGGGAUUGGGCAGGAUAUUCAGCCUCCAAGGGAUUUAUCUAGGUUCGUCAAAUGGCCUAAAUAUAUUCGUAUCCAAAGGCAAAAAGCCGUUUUACAGAAAAGGUUGAAAGUUCCGCCUCCAAUUAAUCAAUUCUCCCAAACAUUAGAUAAACAAACCGCUACCCAACUGUUUAAGGUUUUAGAAAAGUACAGGCCUGAGACAGAGCUCCAGAAAAGGAACAGGUUGAAGGCCAAAGCCGAAGCCAAAGUUGCUAAGAAAGAGGUUGCUCCAACCAAAAAGCCCAACACUUUGAGGGCUGGUACAAAUACUGUAACAAAACUCAUUGAACAGAAAAAAGCCCAGUUGGUGGUUAUAGCACAUGAUGUUGAUCCUAUCGAGUUGGUACUUUUCCUACCCGCCCUCUGCAGGAAAAUGGGCGUCCCUUACUGCAUCGUCAAGGGAAAAGCUAGGUUAGGUCUCCUUGUUAGGCGUAAGACUUGCUCUUCCAUUGCGUUGACUCAGGUCGACUCUGGUGAUAGGUCCAACUUUAAUAAGAUCGUGGAAGUGAUCAGGACCAACUUCAAUGAACGCGCCGACGAAAUCAGGAGACACUGGGGAGGUGGUAUCCUGGGUUCAAAGUCUGCGGCCCGCAUCGCGAAGAUCGAACGUGCAAGGGCGAAGGAGUUGGCCCAGAAGCAGGGUUAAUUUUUCUUGUUCUGUGACAAGAUUUGUAAUAAAUAAAUCAUAAAAUGUUACCAAGUCUUUGGUUU